CGCUUCCGCCAUCAUGGCCGCCGAGGAGAAGGAUCCUCUGAGCUACUUCGCGGCCUAUGGGAGCAGCAGCUCCGGCUCGUCGGACGAGGAGGAGAACAGCGAGCCAGAGGAGACGCGCGACAGGGCUCCCGUUGCGGCGGGAAAGCAGGUGGAAAAGCGGCUGCCGGGCCCGGACGAGCUGUUCCGGAGCGUGGCCCGGCCGGCCUUCUUGUACAACCCGCUCAAUAAGCAGAUCGACUGGGAGAGGCGCGUCGUCAAGGCGCCCGAGGAGCCUCCCAAGGAGUUCAGGAUUUGGAAGUCCAGCUGCGUCCCACCCCCGGAAUCUUACACGGCCGCCGAGCGGAGGCCGCCGCCGCCAGAACUGGACAUGGCCAUCAAAUGGUCUAACAUAUAUGAGGACAAUGGCGAUGAUGCCCCCCAGAAUGUGAAGAAAGCCAGGCUAUUACCAGAAGGGGAGGAGACAGUGGAAUCUGAUGAUGAAAAAGACGAACAUACUUCUAAAAAGCGCAAAAUAGAACCAGGAGAAUCAGCAAAGAAGAAAAAAUAGAAUAUUACAAAUGACAAGAUUUUCUGACUGUGAAACUUACUGAAAUGGUUUCAGGGACAGAUCAACUUGAUAAUGAUAAAUUAUUAUUACACAUCUCUGAAGUACAUGCUAAUAAUAAGUAUUGCUGGAACUUUAUAAUUUAGAAUUCGUUUUUAUUUAAGACUUACAUGUAUUUAAAAUUCAAAUGGUGACUUUUGAUUGUGAAAGUGAUACUUGGAAACAUUCUUGCUUUCCAUAAUUGGUGAUGUGCUUUGAGAGUUUUGUCACAUGUUGACAUGCCAAUAUACUAUGAACCUUUUAUAAAGGAAUAUAUUUUUAAGUAAAUGUAUUAUAAUGUACUGUGAAUUUGUAGGGUGCUUUUCAACAGUGUUUGUACAGUGUAUAUAGAUCAUGGAAAUAAAAUUACUUAUUCAAUAUUAAUAUUGUGUAACAAACAUUUGAAUAUUUGCGACUAAUAUCAUCUGCCAUGUGAUGUUUCCCAUUGUAAUUGUAGAUAUUGCAAUUUUAAGGAGUGCAUCCUGCAUUUCAGAUGCUUUGUGUCUACACUGUGUCUAAUCCUCAGACUAGUCAUUAAACAGUGUGUUAGUAGCCUCAUAGUAAAGAUUAAUCUCUCAUAAUAGGAAAUGAAA